CGAGAGAGAGAGAGAGAGAGAGAGAGCAUAAACGGCUCUCAGCAAAGCAACAAGAAGGAAGAGCAAUGGCGACACUGGAUCGCCAAAUACCAAGUCCGGAUACCUUCUUGUGCGAGCCUUGGUCUUCCUUCGUCAGUGCGACUAAAUUACGUUUUGUUGAUAACGCGGUCUCGUCUCCGGACAAGGACGACACGGACCCUCGCUGCCCCGCCGAAGCCGCGAAACUCGGCAGAGACGAGAUGCUUGUCUGCACCCAUUUCCCUGCUUUGGAGGAUUUUUGUAUGGUUGUCUGCCAUGUCUGCAGUAAGGUGGUGACUCCUCAGGGCAUCCUCACGCAUUACGAGAAGCGACACAGCUCCCCGAUGCCCUCCAGGACCCCCCUGGUUCCGAUGAAGCCCAAGGCGCCUGCAGUGGCCCCCGCUGUCGCUCCCAGCCCGGGGGACACGCUUGCAUUCAGGGUCCCCAAAGAUUACCCCCACUCCCGCUUCAGCAAGGCGCCGCUUGCCGUCUACCCGCCAAAGGGGGCGCGGAACAAGACAUGCGUAUCAUUACCAGUGGUGAGCUUGGAGAAGAUGCCCUGUCUGAACCGAGCCGACUCGGCGUCGCAUGUGCGCCUCAACUCCUCCUCUUCCUCGUCCUCAUCCAGCCUCUCUCCACUCAAGACUCCCUCCUUCGGCCCGCCAGCCUCCCAGCGCUCUAACGAAAAGCUCACCAACGGCCGCGGCGGCAGCGGCCCCCCCACGCCGCGCUCCGUCACGCCUCCUUCGUCCCUGGACCGCCGGCCGAGCCCGGCGCGAUCCCCUUUGGACAGGCGGCCGCCGUCGACGCCGUCCCCCUCCCCAAUGGACAGGAAGCCCUCCCUCUCGCCCUCGCCCCGGUCCGUUGCUCCGCCAGCGCCGUCGUCGCUCUCGCCCAUGGACAAGAAGCAACAAAAUGGGACAAAGACCCCUGCAAGGUCGCACAAGAGAGUCUCAGGUAGAGUCUUUGACCCCGACAAGCACUGCGGAGUGCCCGACCCCGAGACUAAACGAUCCUGCACGCGAUCUCUCACCUGCAAGACUCACUCCUUAACCCAGCGGCGGGCAGUCCCCGGCCGCAGCAGACCUUUCGACGUCCUGCUGGCCGAGCACAAGGGCCUGGCAAAGGAGAGGGAGGCCUUGAAGGAGAAGGAGAAGGAGGCGGCGCUGAGAGGGAAGGAGGCAGGCAGUCAGGCCGUCGCGUCCCAAGACACGGCGAGUCCCAGCAAGUCGCACUGCCCCGGUGAACGGCCGCUCUCCUCGUUGAAGCUGCGGCUUUCAAAUGCACACAUACCAAGAGUUCCAGGUGGGUCCUCCUCCAUUUCUGCUUCCAGCCCUCUGCCUCCAGCGGCGGCUCCAGCCGCGGCGCCCGUCCCCGAGCCGUCUCCUAACAGCUGGGGGAACGCAGCGGGCGACGGCAGCCGGCUCUCCAGCGACGAGGGCGACGCGGAGACUCCGGACGACACCGACAGACCUUCCUUUCACUACUCCAGUCACCAUCCACGGCCUUUAGGGUUCUGCGUCUUCAGCGGCCGGCUCAUGGGACCGGGCUACUACGUGUUUGACAGGCGAUGGGACCGGAUGAGGCUGGCGCUGCAGAGCAUGGUGGAGAAACACCUCAACGCGCAGAUGUGGAGGAAGGUGCCUCUGGCUGCAGAGAGCCUCCCCUCCCUCUCCACAUCUAGUCCCGCCUCGGUUCCCGUACAACCGGCUCCUUCUCCCGUCCUCUCCUCGCCUUCGAGCGCCCUCACCUACACCGCCGCGUUCCCCCAGUCCGCGUCGGCAGCCGGAGCGUUCAACGUCAGAGACUCGCCGACGCCCCGCCGCCCGGCUCUCGCGCAGGGAAGAGCUCGCAACGGCUCGCCCAAAGCCAGCCGGCCGCCCAAAGACUCGGACCCCGUCCCCCUCGCGGGCCCGAAAAAGAGAAAGAACUCCUCCCACCCUUCGUCCUCCGUCUCACCUUCCUCGUUUCAGACGGUGGACGUCCACAAAAGGAACGGCAGCAGCUUUCACCCGACGUUGCAAGGCUUCGGGGUGACCAGGCCGUCCCCCGGCAAAAAUAAGGGCCCUCGAGGGGGAGGCGGGCUUCUCAGCAGCUCCGACGACCGGCUGUCCAGCGCUGAUGGGUCACAAAGCCACAACGCUCAGAACUGUCGUGAACAAGGCACCAGCAGUAAAGCCUACACAGCGAGGGAAGCAGCCUCAGCCCCGCACCAGCCCGUCGCUGCCCCCACCGGACCCUUAGCUUACGGCGGCGGCGCGGAGGGGAGGAAGAGGAGGAGUCCCAGCUCCUACAAAGGGAAAGCCGGCAAACUGAGCAGGCCGAGCGGACUGGAGAGCCUCUUCGGGAAAGGAAGCGACGGCGGGGGGAUCUUGGCGUCGGGCCCCGAGUCGCCCCGACAGGUGGGCCAAGUUAAGUCACUGACAGACACCCGCGCCACGGACGGAACGUCGGGCAGCUGUCCGGGCCACCACCGCUUGUGACCUUCGACUUCACCACUCUUCCAGUGACGGCAGCGAUCGGGCUGCUUCGUGGGACAACGUCACCCCCGGUUAAACCAAGAGGACGCUUCAGUUUACUCGGUGUGAUACAGAGGGGCUCCUGCCCUUCCCCUCCCUGUCCCUCCUGGCAGGAAGCUCCCCCGCCUCUCUAUGGUUGUGGUUUUUAACAGAACAAGACAUGUUAAAAAAAAAAGAAAAAAAAAGACAACAACUAUUGUUUCUAAAGGGAAUCUGACGACAUCGUUGAUAACAACCACCACUGUAGAAUUUCUGGAGAACAACGAGUUUAAUUUCCAGUCUGCUGGCAAAGAAAGACAACCGUGAUUGUUUUCCAGGACCAUCUGACACAGCUACUGUGGGACUUUAGCUAUGCCACUUUGUUGCUCCCUCUGACCUUUUCUAUUCCGGCUCUCCGUCGUUUAGCAGCCUUUUUUUUUUUUUUUUUGUCUAAGAGGGGCAAGUUCGGCUGGGUUUUAGUCAGUUUUCUCCCCCUCUCUUUGUCUCUUUGUGCACCCAGAAGCUUUGUCCCUUUCCCCACGUUUCCAUUUCUGUCCCAGCAUGCCUGUGUUCAAAGUGCACUUACUGUCCUGAGUUCCUCGGCCCGGCUCCUCCACCCUCUGCAUCGGUGCCACGCAAACGUCCUGCUCGCACAACAAGGAGGGAAGGAAGCAUUUGUGUUACCAAUGAUGCCACGUCGCUGCGUUGUAUUUCAAUAUGGGAUAAAGUUUGACUUUAUUCAGAUUUUUUUUUUUUUUUAUUCUGGUUUUUGAUGUUGGAAGAAACACACAAUUUCCAGGACUAGCAUCCAAAAAAAAGGAAGUUAUUGCAAUGGUGUUGGAUCGCUUUGUUUUUGUAUGAUAAUUUAUCAUUCUUAAGUGAUGUUUGUUAUCGAAGUGACCAUUAAGGUUUGAGCUACAGAGACUUUUUCGGUAUAAAAAAAAUAAAUAAAUCUAGAAUUUCUAUGGCAUUUUGAAGAAAUGUUGAAAGUAUUAUAGUUCAUAUUUGUACAUAGCUGUUAUUAUUUUUGUAUUUAUUAAUAAUUCUCCCCUUUUACUAAAUGAGGUCAGAGAUAUUAAUACCCCCCCCUCUCCUUCCAUCUUGGUUAUGUCUAACAGUAAUAAAGAGAUUGGCCUGGUUGUUUC